GCAGGGCGCAGUUUUUGAAAGCGGGUGCUGCGUGCGGACCGCGGGCCUGCAGGGUGCGCGGGUUGGGCUGGGGGCUGUCCCUGGAGAGUAGAGUGGCCCUGGGGCCCGCACGCUCACUUGCUGGCGGGGGAUGGCGCAGACACGGGCGGUCCCCCCGAGGGCGGUCCUCACGGGUGGUCUAGGUUAGCUCGGACCCGGGAGUGUGGGAGUGGCGCAGAGCUGCGGGAAAAGGCGCGGGGCGCCUGCGUGGCGAACGAACACAGCCGCCUGACACUCCCGCAAGGCCCGCGGAGCUGCUCCUGCCUCCGCCUCUCUGAGCCAACCACGGGGCGGGGUGUGAACGCCGGGCGGGGACGUGCCGUUCUGGGGGGCGUGUCCACCGGCGGGGGCGAGCCGUCCUGGGGGCGUGGCUCUCUGCUCCGGUGCAGGCCCGCAGGGCGCCCUGGGCUGGGAGGAACGCGACUUACCGUGGUCGUGGGCGGACGGCGGCUGCAGCGCGGAGGAGCUGGGUCGCUGUGGGUCGCGAAGCAGAGCCCGGGACGUGCGCGCUUGGUGCACGAUCCUGAAGGGGAGCUCCGAGGGGCCCGGGUCGCCAGGGCUGCUGCGGCCAUUCCCGGAGCCCGGCCCGGGGCCCGCAAGAUACUGGUUAGGCCGUCCCAGGGCUCCGGGCGCACCCGGUGGCCGCUGCUGCAGCGGAGGGAGCGCGGCGGCGCGGGGUCUCGGAGACAGCGUUUCUCCCGGAAGUCUUCCUCGGGCAGCAGGUGGGAAGUGGGAGCCGGAGCGGCAGCUGGCAGCGUUCUCUCCGCAGGUCGGCACCAUGCGCCCUGCAGCUCUGCGCGGGGCCCUGCUGGGCUGCCUCUACCUGGCGUUGCUUUGCCUGGGCGGUGCGGACAAGCGCCUGCGUGACAACCAUGAGUGGAAAAAACUAAUUAUGGUUCAGCACUGGCCUGAGACAGUAUGCGAGAAAAUUCAAAACGACUGUAGAGACCCUCCGGAUUACUGGACAAUACAUGGACUAUGGCCCGAUAAAAGUGAAGGAUGUAAUAGAUCGUGGCCCUUCAAUUUAGAAGAGAUUAAGGAUCUUUUGCCAGAAAUGAGGGCAUACUGGCCUGACGUAAUUCACUCGUUUCCCAAUCGCAGCCGCUUCUGGAAGCAUGAGUGGGAAAAGCAUGGGACCUGUGCCGCCCAGGUGGAUGCGCUCAACUCCCAGAAGAAGUACUUUGGCAGAAGCCUGGAACUCUACAGGGAGCUGGACCUCAACAGUGUGCUUCUAAAAUUGGGGAUAAAACCAUCCAUCAAUUACUACCAAGUUGCAGAUUUUAAAGAUGCCCUCGCCAGAGUAUAUGGAGUGAUACCCAAAAUCCAGUGCCUUCCACCAAGCCAGGAUGAGGAAGUACAGACAAUUGGUCAGAUAGAACUGUGCCUCACUAAGCAAGACCAGCAGCUGCAAAACUGCACCGAGCCGGGGGAGCAGCUGUCCCCCAAGCAGGAAGUCUGGCUGGCAAAUGGGGCCGCCGAGAGCCGGGGUCUGAGGGUCUGUGAAGAUGGCCCAGUCUUCUAUCCCCCACCUAAAAAGACCAAGCAUUGAUGCCCAAGUUUUGGAAAUAUUCUGUUUUAAAAAGCAAGAGAAAUUCACAAACUGCAGCUUUCUAAAAAACAACUCCAAAGUGAA